GUCAUGACUCGUCUUACUUUCCCAUGGUAGGAAAGUGGACAGACCUGCAGAAUGUCGUUUUUUCGGGCGCACUGACAAAGGCGCCUGUGUAGUCACGGCUGCAAGAGGAAGCUGCACUCCGUUUCGUGUCCGAUACUUUGUCUUUUCCUCUCGCCUUCUUAGUGCUGAUGUUUCGGCGCAUGUUUAGGUGGAGCUCCUCUGUCAGAAAAUCGAGGGUCCCCCUCCGUUUUUGAGCCUCGCGAGCGCUGCAUUUCUGCUCGGAAGCUCCACAUCAGCCACAGUUCCUCCGGUUGUUCUUAUUUGAUCGUCCCUGACCGGAUGUUUCUUCCUUCCCAGCAACGGAGGGUCUCUGUGUUGGCUAAGAGCAAGGAAACCUUCCGCAGCAGCGUGCAUCGUGACGUGGACAUCUCGACAAAGAUGAAUCCACCGACUCUCUUGACUGCAAAAUGAAGCGGCCUGCCUUGUCAAUUUCUGCCUUCCGUGAGUCUCUUGGAGUGAGCGGCGGUUUUUCUUGUAACUUUGUCGGGACAAUCGGUGCCCGUUCUCGCCUGUUUACACGACACAACUUCGACAGACGGAGUACAGGACUAUCCAAAGACGACUCUCUCGCAGGAGCUCUAUUCGCACUGAAACGGGCACAGAGUCCUCGCACAGCUUCGUCUCCCCUCCAGGGGUGUCUCUGCAGUUCUCCGAACUCGUGGAGUUUGUGCAAAUUCUCUCUUGCGCCCCGCCCUUGCUGUUGUUUUCUCGUUUCUCCACCACCUUCUGCCUCUGUGUCUCUGCCUCCCGCUCCCCUCUGCGGUUCGUCUUCUGCCUCGUCUGGCUCUUCUUCCCGUCCGUCAUUUCCUCCUCUCUCUCCUGUUCUCUGUCGUCGUCUUCCACCAUCCGAUGCAGACUCCUGCCUCUGUGUGUCGAGGGCGAAGGAGACACCCGGCUUCCGGCCCGCAAACACAGACCUCGCCUUGAGACAAUACUUGGCUUUUCCGUUUCCCCAUGCGCAAUGCCGUGUCGUCGCUCGACGAGUCUCUGCCUCCGAGCUUCACCACUUGUUCUCCCCUCUUUGUCGCGCGGAUUCGUCUUUCCCUGCCUCUGCGUCCAUCCCGCUCACUCAUCCCCCGUCGCUUCACGGUUUCUCGUCAAGAUCUCUGUGCGAGAAACGGACCUUUCACAGCUUUUCUGUUUGUGCUUCUCGCUCCCCAUGCUCUGCUGGCGCGUGGUGUAGCUCCAGCGUAUCCUCAAGACGGAUUUCGGCAUCUUCCUCUCCCUUCUCCUCUGCACCUCUGUCUGCCGUGCUGGCUGCUUCUUGUCCAGCUCCGCUGGGCUCUCUCGCCUCGCCUCUUCACCUGCCUCUUCCCCGCUCCUUCUCUUCGCGCUGUUGCGGCGUCUCCGCCGACGCGGAGACAGAGAACGAUCCCCGGUCUUCGCGGACUUCCAGCAAGGCAAGCGAAUCGGUGACCGAGGGCCAGGAGAGUCAGGAGAGACAAUCGCCUCUGUCUUCUUUUUCCUUGGACGUCACGCGGCGUGUGAAGCGGCUUCUGGCGCGGCUUCUCCGCUGGUGCUUCGGCUCGACUUUGCUCGCUCUUCCAAUCCUCUGUUUGAUCUCGCUGGAAGCGCCUCUGUUCGUUGUCCAUCCAGAACAGUCCUUAGCUGUGCGCCUUCCCGUGCUUCCUCCAGACGGAGGCGAGGGCGAAGAAGAGGAGCUGCGAGAAGAAGGGAGAGAAGACACACGGCGAGGCCGCAACCGCGGUGAGGACAGUCCGCGGCCACGAGGCGAAGGCAAAGGAGGGGAAAGCAAGCAAGGCUAUGGGGGUGGUCGAGUGGACUCGGAGAAGAAGGAGACCAUAGAAGGAAAGGAGACCUCCGAGAGACAAGAGCGAGAAUGUGGAAAGCAGGGGGAGGUUUUGAGGCGGGUGCCUUUCUCAGGCGCUGACACCGAAGGAGACGGGGUCGGCAAACUUGAGGUGUAUGGACAGACAGAGGAAUGCGAAGAGCGGGACGGAGGACAGCCGAGCCGCGGGGAAGUUGAUUCGGUUCGGCCGGGUGUACGGACGCAAGCUGGCUCGGAAGCCAGUUUGCGAGAGAGGGAGACGAGAGAACAGGAGAAGAGAUAUCGUGAUGAAGCAACUGGGGACGGGACUUUGGUUCUCGCGUCUCCGUGGGCAGUUCAAGCUUUUUCGCGAGGCGAUUUCGUCUACAUUCGGCACCCGAUGGACUCUCAAUGCAAACUCCUUCUGCGCGUUGUUGCAGUGGCCAACGACGUGAUUCGGGUGUCGGCAGGGUCCCUGCUGUCUAUCCACCCCACUCUGAGGAAGCAGCUCCUCGUCUGCGGCGACCCGAGGGUGGUCACUGAGGACGGAGUGCCUUUUCGUUGCGACUUUUCUUACAGUUUUCUCACACACCUCGUGGACUUGUGCAACGAGGAGAGCCUCGCGGCCGCCUUCGAGGGCAGGCCCACCUGGACUCCGUUCCAACGCAUGCGCAACGUCGGCGAGAGUGUAGAGACAUCAGACGGCGAGGUGGAAGGCGUCUCUGAAAUCUUUCUGGAGCUCCGAAUCCCCGCAGGCAGCUGCUGGCUUGAAGCUGACUCGGACCUUUCUUCUCGUGGGGGGGCUCGCUGCAUGCAGGUCGAGCGACACGGUGCGGCGAAGAAAGACAAUCUGUCGGCCGGCGGAGGAGAGCACCUUCACGUGACCAUUCCCACAGUUUUUCAGGAUAGCUACGCCUUCGGCCUGGCGCCCAUCUCCCUCAUCCAGGGCAUCGUGUACGCGGUCCUUCCUCAUACGCACUCGGCGACAGAAGCGCGACGCCUUCUCUGUCAGGCCUUUCUGUCUGCCCUCGCUGGGGAGGCUCGAGAGUCGCGUCUGGCUUCUGGGCUCCUCUUCCUUGGAGAGAAGAUCAGACGCAUUCUGGCAAACGUCAAGGUCCACGUCGUCAGCAAGGUGACACAGAAGAGAGAGACCAGAGAGGGGGAAACGGAUGGCGAGGCCGACGAAGGACAAAGAGCACGUCUAGAGCGAGCAGAAAUUGACGCAGGACUGCAGUGGAAAGAGGCGGAUUUGAGUCCUACGACAAGGGCAUCCGAGCUGCAGGCCGCGGGGAGAUUGAGAGAAUGCGUGUCAAACGGGGCCGGCGAGAAGGAAGUCAGAGGAGAAGGAAGUGAAAAGAGCGCAGGCACGCCUGGAUCACGCUCCAGCGAGAGUCGAAGGAGUACCCAGUGUCAAGCGAGACUGAGAGAACCUGAGGCGGAAUCUACGCAUAGGAAUUCUGAGAAGAACCUGAACGAGGGGAGAAGACGUUUUCAAAGAGAGGGGAGUGAGAGGGAGGGAGAAACGAACGUGGUUCGAACGCCGGAAGAGACAGAGACUCGCGUCGAAUCCGAGGUCCCGAUCUGUCUCUCUCCAGAGGCGCCGAGUGAACAAAGGGAGGAGCGAAUGUCUAAGGCUUUGCCGGCGCAACUCUGUGUCCUUCCGACAGCGACAGCAGAAGUUAGUGGGGAAGGAGGACAGGCCAUGAGGGACCUUGAAAGACGCGUAGAGGACGACAGGAGAACCCGCGAGAGAGAAGCAAGGCGCAGCGACGCGAGCGAGGAUAACACAGAUGAGGAGAAGGAGAAGAAAGGAGAGAGAAGAGAACAAAGUGAGGCCGAGGAAGACGAAUGGGGGGAAACAGUUUUGAUGUAUCGCCUGCUGAAGCGAGCAACGCAGUGGUUGGUGACUCAUGCAGAUAUGCGAGGUCUCGAACUCCCAGCUGAUAACUGCGUUUCGUCAAAAGGAACGAUUUUCGUUGAUUACGCUGAAUACCAGAGCGAGGGAAGCAACGCGAGAAACAGGUAGAAGAACCAGACGCCUGAGACGAAGAGCAAGAGAGAGCAAGCAGAAGCGGCAAGAGGGAGACAGGCUUCGUGGAAACAGUGGCGGUAAUGGAGGAAGAGAGAAAAGAGAUAGAAAGGCGAGCGCGGGAACGAACGCGACAGGAAGAACAAGCCUCUUACGGGGAAGAACGGGGAUGGCCAGACAGAUGAUGAAGUGUCUCAGACAUACGUCUCUCAAAGAAGAGAAAGAACUGGGGGAGUAUCCAGGAGAUCAACGGGCAGGACACAGGAAUCAAGAGGAGACGACAGCCUGAAAGAACAAGAGGCGUGAGAGAAAGAUCAGAGUAAGAUAUCUCCGUUUUCCAUUUUUGUUCGAACUGGAACCAUUGCCGAAGAAACAGUCACAGCCGGCAGGCUCCUCCUGGAUCAGAGUUGUUCCGAUGUAUGCACAACGUAGCAGCCUCGGCAGUGGGAGGCACCAGACCGAGGUCGAGUUUCCGCUUUCGCGCAAAUGGAAACUCACUGAGGAGCAGACCACAUGCGAAGCCUGUUUCGAAGGGGCCGCUGUACAGGAGGAAUGUUUCCAGAGUGUCACAACAGCUCGCUG